CUAGUUGUAGUCUCUGAAAGUGGCACGAAACUGGCAGCCUGCACCUGACCGGAAUGGCAUGUCCGGAAGUCUGUUGUGAAGGGUCUCACUGACAACAGCCUGCCGAAGGCUCAUCCUUGUUCCCUGCACCCUCCUAUCCCAGGCUCUGUACCCUGCAAUCCACCCAUGGCUCUCUUAUCAACCAUGGCGGCAUCACCGUCUUCCAAGAUGCUGCUGCCUCAUGGCGUUGUCAGUGGAAGCCCGGUGAGCUCUCCUUCUCUCAAGCUUCCACCUCCCAAUUCCAACUUCUUCUUUCUCAACUUUCCUCCUUCUUCCUCAAAGACUCCUUGCAAUUGCAUUGCAGGGAUGAGUGGCAUGCAGCCCUCUCAAGUCAGCUCAAUGGCAUCUGCUGUUCCCGUAUCUCUUACUCGAUACAGAUCCCGAUACCUAUCUCAUCUUUCCUCUCUCGUCCCGCCGGCCCGUUUGCGCAUCGCCAGUCCCAACAGCACCAGUUCUCUCUGUGAGAACUUGAAUAUGUUCAAUCCUGUGCCCUCUGCGGGGCUUUCCACUGCUCAAAUUAUCCUUUCGAGAAGGAGCGGGACAGGUUCCGCUCUCUCCUCGAAGUAUUCGGCCUCUCAGACCCGUCAGAUCUCACUUGCGACGAGAACCCGCGGUUCUCGGGGGUUCAAGGUCCCUCUUCCUCAGGCACAUCCCUCCUCGUCUGCAAGUGCUGCUGCUGGGCGGUUAUGUGCUCUCUGCAUGGCCCAACCACCGUCAUCUCUAUCCAAUUCAGAGGUGGAGAAAAAGCAGGAAGGCAAAGAGGAGGAGGAGAAGGACGGGGAGGAAGAGGAGGAAGGGGUUGGAAGCUAUGGGAGGGAAGAAGGAAAGGGGGGGAGGUCUUUUGCCGGACGUCUGCGUGUUUUAGGAGGCCAGAACGCCCCACGCUUGGGUGUCAGUGGACAGCAUCGGCUUCGGUACAGCUGCAGAUCUAGGUUCCCAAAUGGGUCUGGUCCCGCUGAGGUGCCAAGGGCUGGGUUGGGUCUCCCUGAGGGGCCUGGAAAGGUAAGCUGCAGGGGACGGGGUGUCAUGCUGGGAGGCGCAGCAGCAAACGAUCGCGCUAUGGUGUCAGAACCUGGACUAGGCCAGGUGAAGGACGCGACUCAUUUGAUCGUAUCGCUAGGACUGUUCCUUUUGCUCGACAAAUUCUUGAAGAAGCUCUUCUUAGACGCUGGCAUCAGGUUCCCAAGUGCAUUGUUCGGGAUGUUUUGUAUCUUUACCUGCCUCAUCACGCUCGACGUAAUUGUGCCGAAGUUCGCAGCUCUCAUCGUCGCUUUCUUUUCGCCAGCCAACCUCUUCAUUCAGAGAUGGCUACCUCUCUUCUACGUCCCGUCCCUCGUUAUGCUUCCUAUUGCAGUCCAGGGAAUACCUGCAGCUGCCGGAGCCAAAAUCAUGCUCAUAUUGAGGGCGAUGCUAAUCUUCUCUGUGUUGUUCCAAUUUUAACGGAUGUCCCGAAGGACAGUCUCAUUGCAUUUCUCUUAAAGGGGACACAAAAACAAAAACAAAAACAAAAACAAAAA